UUAUUAUUAUUACAAUAAUAAUAUCCUUUAUGUGACAGAGUUAUAUUAACUAUAAUUGUUUUAUUUGUUAUAAUUUAUUUCUAAGGUAUCAUGUUUUACUUGGUAAUUGUAAAGUUGUUUCAUGUUUAUAACUUUUUAGAUCGGGAUCAAUUACCUAAUUUUAAUCUAUGACACCAUUGUCUUAAUUUACAGCCAAUCAGCGUGGCUUCUCCUAAUCACGUGACCAUUGUUUUAUUUUUUACCAAAGGAGAAAGCCACACAAAUUUGCAAGGAAAUUUUUUAUCGAAAAAAAGUAUUUCCAGUUUGUUUCACGCAACUUAGGUGUACAGCCAUGCCUCCAAAGAGGGGACAGAAGUCCUCCGCUCCCACAACCACCAAAAGGCGGAAGACAAUCCAACCCACUGGCACAGAUGUUAGUGAAGCCGUAACACUACAACUGCCACCUGUGGAACCACCUGUGCAAAAUGAAAUCUUAAAUAUCGACUAUGACAAGUUAGCUACAGCUAUUCUAAAACAAUCACAUGCACACAAUGGACUAAGUGUUCAACCUCAAGAGGCCCCUUCAGUUCCAGCAGCUACUUCUCAUUCAUCUGACACAUUACCAAAAUCUACAGCAGAUCCACAAUCAUCUUCAGUACCAGGUCCUUCAUCUCAACAACCUUCAGCUCAGCAGCCUUCAGCUCAGCAACUUUCAGCUCAGCAGCCGACAAGCAGUGUGUCAAGUUCAACACCAGUUUUGGGGACUCUGUUAGAUCAAGUUUUUGCAGGAAGCCUUCCAGAUAGCUCCUCAUCUCAGUCCAGUACAGACAGAAGUUCCCAAGGACCUCUUAACAAUUUGAAUCCAGUUUGCCUGAAACUACUAGAAUCGUCUCUGUCAUCAUCAACCUCUAAAGCUUAUCGCAGAAGUUGGAAUUUGCUCCUUACCUGGAACCCUCACAUCUCACUUCCAGUGUCUGUGACAGAUGUUUGUAACUUUAUAGGUCAUCUAUUUCUUCAAAAUUAUUCACCCAGUACAAUUUUUUCCCACAUAUCAGCUAUCAGUUUUAUGCAUAAAUUAUGUAGUAUCCCAGACCCUACUCAAGCUUUUGUGACCAAGAAAAUUCUUAAAGGGUGUCAGGCAGUAGGCUCAAGGAGGGACACACGCUUGCCUAUCACGGCACCGAUCUUACAAAAACUCAUUGUUGCUUUAGAACACACUGUGUCUCAAUACUCGCUCAGACUCCUGUUGCGAGCACUUUUCUUGUUAGCUUUUCAUGCUUUUCUCAGAUUAGGUGAGAUAACAGCAAAAUCAAUGAAUGCUGUAAAUAGUGUUUUACAAAGGUCAGAUAUCACAUUCAAGCAAGAAAAUAAUCUAUUAGAGGGAGUUCAAAUAGUUAUGAGAGAUUAUAAAACAAACAAACAUCAUGUCCCAAUAAUCAUUUCCUUACAAGCUUGUCCCAAUUCUCUUUACUGUCCCGUUCAGGCAUUGUAUAAAUACCUUGCCUUGUACAAACAUUCAUCCGGUCCACUGUUCCAGACUAUGGAUGGCUUGCCGAUUACUUACUCGGUUGUUACUUCCCACCUCAAAGCAGCAAUUCAGUUUAUUGGAUUAAGUCCAGAUCAAUUUAAGGGACACAGUUUCAGAAUUGGGGCAGCAACACAUGCAGCCUCACUUGGUUUCUCAGACAAUGUCAUUCAGAAGCUUGGAAGGUGGAAUUCUGAUGCUUUUAAACACUACAUCCGUAUUCAGUCUUUUCAUAUAUAGCUAAUUGUACAAGUUCAGAUUUCAGUGCAUAUCCCUGUGUUAGUUCCCCAUGUCAAUAAGUUUUAAAACUUUAAGACGGUUCAGAAGUAUUCUGCUGUCACAAAUAACCACAUAGACUUUGAAGAGCAGAGGAAAGUUGUCUGCUGCUCAUAUUUGGAUCAGUCAUAGUAUAGGAGACAGUUCAGAAGUUUUCUGCUGUAUUUUAUUCCCAAGUCCUAUCCAUAAUUUUUUAGGAAUACAUGGCAGUUCAGAAGUCUUCUGCUGCCUAAAAGUUAUUAUUCAGCAUGUCAGUUCAGAAGUCUUCUGCUGACAUAUUUUUCAGUCUUUUUAUAUUUGUACAUAUCAUCAUAGGUAUAUAGUCAUAGGCAUAGGAUAUAGUCAUUUUGUAAAGGGUAUAUUGAAUAUAUUUUCCUUGCUGGCCACCACAUGCUCUCAAUGUCAAAUAACAAAAUGUUUUAUAUUGAACUAUUGUUCAUUACCUAAGGUUGUAUUUUAUUGUCAUUUUUGAUACUCAUGUGUUUCUUUUCUAAUUUAUUAUUUGACAUGAACGUUAUAUGUACUAUAAAAAAUCGUCUCAAAUUAUAAAUUGCGCCUUGCCAAGUCGCCUUGGGUGGGUGGAUCCAAUUUGCAAUUGGAUUGUGGCGUUUAUUUUCUUUUUACCCACCCUUUUUUGAUGACAGGCAUAUCAGUGCCUGCUUUAUGAUAUAUGUAAUUUUAGGGGGUCAGAUUGCAUAAUAUGUUACCAAAGAUUUUUGUAUUCUUUCAAAGUUUGUUCUAGUCUUGUCUGACCCCCUUAUAAUAUGUUUAUAUUUUGUUUUGCGUCAUUUACUUCAAUAAAUGACAAUUUUUCAAUUUCACUACUGUUGUUAUUUUAAUUUUAAUCCAUCAAAAAACUAGCUCAGUUGACUUGGCUUCGGUCUUGCAUAAUAACAGAGGAACAUAAAUAAGUUAUUAUUAUUACAAUAAUAAUAUCCUUUAUGUGACAGAGUUAUAUUAACUAUAAUUGUUUUAUUUGUUAUAAUUUAUUUCUAAGGUAUCAUGUUUUACUUGGUAAUUGUAAAGUUGUUUCAUGUUUAUAACUUUUUAGAUCGGGAUCAAUUACCUAAUUUUAAUCUAUGACACCAUUGUCUUAAUUUACAGCCAAUCAGCGUGGCUUCUCCUAAUCACGUGACCAUUGUUUUAUUUUUUACCAAAGGAGAAAGCCACACAAAUUUGCAAGGAAAUUUUUUAUCGAAAAACCCUCCAUCCAACCCCCUCUCUUCCACCGUCUUAUAUUAUAUUUGUUAUAUAUGUACUUAUAUUAGUGUUCAUAUUUAUUUGUUUGGCGUUUAUUUUCUUUUUACCCACCCUUUUUUGAUGACAGGCAUAUCAGUGCCUGCUUUAUGAUAUAUGUAAUUUUAGGGGGUCAGAUUGCAUAAUAUGUUACCAAAGAUUUUUGUAUUCUUUCAAAGUUUGUUCUAGUCUUGUCUGACCCCCUUAUAAUAUGUUUAUAUUUUGUUUUGCGUCAUUUACUUCAAUAAAUGACAAUUUUUCAAUUUCACUACUGUUGUUA